CCCUUAGAUAGACAGCGUCUCCUUGUCCCCUUACCCUGCACCCUCCCCGCGUAUGGUGAUCAUUAUUCACGGCGGUGUUCUGUCUAUCUACCGCCCCCGGCAAGAGUUCUGAAUAAUUUCCACCUUCCUCUAGAUCAACUUCACUGGAUUUUGUACACCCGGAGCCGGCGGUGUCCGUGUAUUUUUAGUCGUCUGAAUCAUCACAGGGCUCGUGGAUGGACGGAGUACUGGGGCAGCUCUUUGACUUGACGCGCCGAACAAUCGUCAGUUGCAGCUCGCUCACAAAUUAAAAUUUAUUGGAAAGUGGGGAUUUUUUGCUAUUUGGGGAUCGCGGAAUCUGUGUGGAGAUGAGUCACAGACCUUUCGCACUGGGGAAAGGUAAGGAGCUGCAGUAGGCACGGUGAGCAGUGCUGAUCGCGGAUCCCACGCAAAAACACCCCGACUUCAGUGUGUCUGAUCCUUGCUCACGUCGCACGCGUGAUUGCAGUCGGUGCCACCUCGUCCGCUUGAUCGGUGCCGUCCGGCAGACGGUACUUAGAGGAAUUAGCACAGACUGUUACAUACAGUUGCUGUGAUGGAGAGCGAGGUCAGGCCAGCGACCUCUUCUUGUGUCUUCCUUCGAAGCCGAAAAUUUCUAACAGCGCUUAUACUGUACUCCUUUGUGGCUAGUCUUGUCAUCAUGCUUGUCCUCAAUUCCACCAAAACCAUUAAGGUUCUCCAAGACGGCAGGCGAUACUCCAUCAAUCUGCUAAAUCUCACCCAAAGGAGAUUGCCCGACCACAGCGCUGUGACACUUCCCCCUCCGCAUAAUGAGACAGACUUCAUCUUUUCCAAAAACUUUGGUGCCAAAAAGGCCCAAUCAGGGAGGAAACAAAACCACAGGACAGUCUGUGGGAGUCAUAGCAGGAACGGAGAGGAAGGUUGCCAUGGAAACACCAAAAUUAACAUUACUGACCUCAAAAGUAGGGAUGAUCGGCUUCACUCAGUUCAACGCUAUUACAAGUCAAUGGUGGAUUUACAGCCUCUAGAUUACCACUGUGACACCUGUGCACUCGUGACUAGUUCAGGCCAGCUUCUGAACCAGAGGGCUGGCCGGCACAUCGACAGCCACUCUUGCGUCCUGCGCAUGAAUGUGGCACCCACCAAGGGUUUUGAGCUGGACGUGGGCUUCAAGACGACAGUGCGCGUCAUCUGCUUCAUGUCGACUGCCCCACUGAAUGCAUACGCCUCCGAGCUCCUAGUGGGCCCCCAGAAGGCUGACAUGUACCUCUUCUGGGGGCUCAACUCGCCUAAACGCAGAGAGUCUCUGGCACGGGUACAGCUGCUUGCCAAGAAAUAUGAUGCAAGUUUUUACUCCCUGGAUGACAUGGGAGAAGCAGAGGCUGUCAUGCUCUUUGAGAAUGAAACUGGAAAGGACAGGGUAAAGACAAACUCCUGGUUAUCAACCGGCUGGUUCACCAUGAUGCUAGCCAUUGAUAUGUGCAAUGAGAUUCAUGUCUAUGGCAUGGUGCCUGACGACCACUGCAGAAAAUAUGGCCACAAGCAAGUUCGGUACCACUACUGGCAGACCGCUUUGGGUCCCAGCGAGUGUGACCAGUACAAGUCCCACGAGUAUGCCAAAAAGGGCGGCCACCGCUUCAUCACGGAGAAGGCCAUCUUCCAGCGCUGGGCCCUGCUGUACAACAUUACGUUCCACAACCCAGGCUGGAACCUAGACAAGCGGAAGCACUCGCCAAACAAACCCAUCAACACCCCGUUCAUGAGGAGGAAGGGGAACGAUUAAGGCAGUCAAACACGACUUGACUGAUGAGGGAAUGUGAUUGCACCAAUACAAUUUAUAGCAGUGCAAAGUAGCAACCUGUAUUCUAUCAGCUCUGUCCAAGAGCUUGUUCAGCUAGACGUAAGCUCCUUGUUUUCAAGUGCAAUCCCAUACAAAUUGUAUUAGUCUUUAUCAUCAGGCUAAGGGGACUCCAUUUCACAAGAAAGAAUUCUGUGUCAUCAGGGCCCAUUUUGUAUGUGCUGCUGAACAAACAGCUUUGUGGGAACAGAGCCUUCAUCAUUUGAAGACAUUUUUAUAAGCAGUAAGCACAGCAAGAGCAUGCUUAAUGUGGGAGGAAAAAAUGAUUAAAUCAGAGUCAAAAUCACGGACAUCUCCAUGCGCAUGCAACCCUCAUAGCACAGCCACGCUGUGAAAUAGUGCUGGGCAGCGGCAUUAUUUUUGACUAUGGUAAGCACAAACUUUCUUGCUGUUAAGCAGGGGUAUAACUUUGGCUCAAGUUCAUGGAGCACAAAAAAGCUCGUGGUCUGGUUUGGCAGGGCUGUUCCAUCCCCACUCAUUUAAUGGCCUCCUAAGAGUCUUGAAUGCAGAGAGAUUUGUAGAUUCAAGAAACCAUCUCCAUCACUGAAAGGGGGCUUCUUUAAAAUCAUGAGCACUGUUGCUGAUGAGGAAAGGCUUUUAAAGUUUGAAGAGAAGAGAUUGGAGUUUCCACUCUAUCAGUUCUCACACGAUUCAGAUGUGCACAAUGUGAUAUUAAUAACAUUAUCAAUACGUUGAUCUUUUUCUUCUGGCUUUCUGUUCCAGUGGGAAGUUAUUUCAGCUCCUUUGAGUAGUUUGCUGAAGAGAAAAGCAGAAAUACCUGCCAUAUCCUGUGACAGGUGGAGAAAACUGGGCAGUUUAAGAAUGAUCAGGUGGUUUUUCAAACAUGAAGUAUGACUGUAGUCUUGGGCUGAUUUCAUUGGGUUGCUCAGCAUGGAAAAUGUACUAUAUCCGUAAAUAGUAAAACAAAAACUCCAAGUUACCAGCAGUAUGCACAACUUAAUAACUGGUUCUCUGUUGUUUUGUUAACAGGCUAGACUUGCUUUAUAUUUAUCAGCUCCACGAAUUAGACCCUGGUGUUAAUCUGAUGAUAAGUCAUUGGAGCAUAGAUAAUUGUCACUUAAUUCUAGACUCUUGAGCAGUACUUUUGAUCACAGACAUGCUUUAGCUCUUUAUCGUGAGUGGCUUCAAGGCAGUAUAGCAAGGCUGAAGAACAAAAUGAAUUAGACAUGUGUACUAUUCACAAAAACCUGAGCAAUUGGAGCCACAAUGUAGAGAAGUUUGAUGAAGGCUAUCUACAUGUUAGCUCCUUGCGAAGGUAACUAUACUGUAAUUCCAGUUAAGGUAAGUGCAUUCUUAACAUGGAGCUCAGUGGUUUUCAUGAAUGACACAUUCAAACAAUUAGACUUCACUUCUGAAGUUUUGUUAACUUCUUGGAAUUAACAGAUUUAUACUUCUUUUAUUUACAACUAAAUUUUUAUGCUGGAGAGAUCAAAUGUAUUAAAAGCUAUUUAUCUGAAACAAUGUGCAGAUAAUAUCAUGACAGGCAAUCAAGCACACUAAAUCUAUGUAAAUAUAUGGAUGUAUCAAUAUCAGAUCUGAAAUUAGUCACUUGAAAGUGACAGCUAGAUAAUUUAUAUUAAAAGAGCAAUGUGCAAAAUAAAAACCAAAUAAUGCAACGAU